AUGUCAUUCUUCGGUUUCGACUCGUCUCUUCCCAAUCAAGGGAAAGGCGGCGGCCGCGAGAAGAGAACAGCGACCCCCGAUAAGCCUUUGGACUUCGACGAAACUUAUCAAGGCCUUGGCGAAUAUCAAAAUGAGGAGGAUGACUACUUGAACAACGAGACAUUCGGAAACGCCACUGACCUUGGCACUGACUUUGAUUUCGGCUAUGGAAAAGGCGAGCUCAGUAGCAACUCGGCACCUUCCGCAGCCCAAGUGGACCACGGGCGGUCAUACGCUUCUGCCGCCACUACUGGACCUGUUGUGACAAACCCCGGUUACGUUGCUGCUGCUCCGCACUCAAUGGACGAAGGCAUGGACUUUACGCCAAUGGAGUCGUUGUGGACCAACCAACCUAUGAUGAUGCAGCACCCACAGCAGCCCCAGCACCCUCAGGUCCUCUCUAUGGAGGAGUUGGAGAGACAGCAACAGCAGCAACAGAUUGGUGUGCCACAUGGCCAGCAGCAGGGCUACAUGGGGAUGCCACCUAUGCCUCCUAUGGGCUACGGCUAUGCCCCUCAAGCUUUUAUGCCCCAGGCCCAGGUAAUGCCAGGUGCUGCCUACCCUUCUGCUCCCCAGGGUAUGCCGCCACAAGGCCUGCCUUUGCCCCCUCAAGGUAUGCCUCCUCAGAGCAUGCCACCCCCGGGUAUGGUGCCACCCCAGUACCAGCAGCAUGCUAUGGCUAUGCAGCAGCAGCCAGGCGCCCACCAACAGGCUGUCCAGCAGGUACCUUCUGUUGUUAGCCCUCUUGCCCAACAAGAGCUACAGCAGUCUCCCCACCUAGUUCCAAAGGCUGCGCUUCCAGCUUCCGCUGGCGUUGUGUCAGACUUUGCUACUCCCUCUCCUCCUCACCUUGCCGCCUCUAAAAGCGCUUCAGGGCAAGCAAGACUCGCCUCUCCAUCUCAGAUGGCCCCAUCUUCUCAAGAUUCGAGAGAGUCCACCCCUAGAGGCACUCGCAGGGGAUCUAUGAGAAAACACCAGGAGCCACUGAGCCAGGAUGAUUUCAAGCGCUUACAAGUGCGUCAAGCUAAGGUUGACAAGAUCUUGAGACACAGCGGCGUGAUGACUCCUCGUGACAAAGACUUCAUCACAAGAUACCAGCUAUCCCAAAUUGUGACUGACGACCCAUACAACGAGGAUUUCUACUUUCAAGUUUACAAAAUCAUUCAGCGCGGAGGUAUCGUUGGUGAAUCCAAUAAGGGUCUCAUCGCGCGCGCUUACUUGGAGCACUCCGGUCACCGUUUAGGUGGGCGUUACAAGCGUGCAGAUGUUGCUCUGCAGAGAAUGCAAAGCCAAGUUGAGAAAGCUGUUACUGUGGCUAAGGAGAGGCCACAGAAAAACCGCGAGAACUUCGACGGCGCUAAAGAAGGCGUUUUGGGCAAAAUAUCUUCUGCAAAGAACAGCAAAGCUCCCAGAAGGCAGCUACAGAUUCCCCAGCAGAGAGAUGAGGAUGAGGACCUCGGCACUUCUGCUAUUGAGGAUGUUGUUGAAUCUUUGAACGGUGUGGACAUUUCUUCUUCAUCUCGGGCCAGAAGAAGAUCAUCGUAUGCUUUCCGCUCAGUGGACCAGCGCGCUGUGUUAAGCCGCUCAGGAGGUCGAAAGUUCGUUCUGUCUCUGAUUGAAACUGUCUAUGCUGAAGUGUUGGACUUGGAAGCUUUGUUGAGGAGUGGUAAAGAAACUGACAGCACUCAUCUGUGGGAAUCUCUACACAUCGCUGAUGACGCUUAUGAGGUGUCACCCUUCAUCUCUAUUCUUUCCUUUGACAAGGGUGUGAAAAUUAUGCCUCGUAUUUUCAACUUUUUGAACAAGGAGCAAAAGCUGAAGCUUCUUUACUGUUUCUUCAGCGAACUCUCUCACUUGAACAUAAUUGUGACCAGUUCUUACAAGACUAACCCAGAUCCUUCGGACUCCCAGCUCAAAAAGAUUGAGCUUUUCCAGUCGGUUUUCCUCAAGAUCAUUGUGUCUUUCCUAUCCAGCUCUGCAGAGUUCCUAGAAGUGUUAGGCCUGCUGUUGGCGCUGGUUAAGAACAAUAACGUUUCCUUUAUUAGUACUUCUAAAAUAGGAUUGAACCUAGUCACUGUGCUAAUCUCUCGUGCAGCACUCAUCAAGCAGGAUGUCAGCCGAGGUAGCGUUCUUUCCAGCGUUGAGGCGUCUUCCUGGAACGAAAUUUACGACAAGCUCUUUACAGCAUUGGAGACUAAGCUAGCAGCCGUAUUCCCUCCUGAAGAGUACACCUCUAAAGUCGUCGCUACCUCGUCGAACGGCACACCUACCUCUGCAACUGUUGGGCAGUCCAGCGGCCACCAGUUCUAUGAUCAAUCUUACAUUUGGCAGUUCCUGGCCUCUCUUGCGUUAAGCGGUAAGCUGAACCACCAACGUGUUAUCAUCGAUGAAAUUAGGGAAGAAAUCUUCGGCACGAUAAGCAGGGCCGAACAACUGGUCAAGAACGUUCCAGUGGAAGAGCAGCAAAUCGCUCUAUACCAACGAGACAAGCUCUACCAAGACUUGAACUUGUUCUUGAACGUCAUGGGUCUAGUUGCACGUGAUGGCGAGAUUAGUGAGCUCAAGUAG